AUGAAAAUCAUCGUGGUCUUCAGUUGCUUGGUUGCUGCGGCGCUGUCUGCCCCAGCUGCUGGUCUGAGAGAGUUGCCGGCUGUACGCCACGAGGAGGUGCAUGAUGAGUAUGGCCAGUAUGCUCUCCGGUACAUCACUGCUGAGAAUACCGUGGUGUCGGAGCGAGGACGCCUGGUCCCCAGCAACGGUGGCUACGUUCUGGAGAUCGACGGCCAGUAUCAGUUCGUUGGUGAUGAUGGACGUUUGUACGUCACCAAGUACCGCGGUGGUCCUGAUGGUUUCCACGUCGAUGGGGCCCAUCUGCCUCAACAAGUACCAAUGCCCGCUAUUUAA